AGAUAUGUCGUAACUCGAGAAGAAACUGAUUAAAGUUAAUGGUCAAUGCUCGGGAUAUCGACCAAUCAAAAGAUGUCUGAUAUUUUCGCGAAAAUUGAGAUGAUGUAGGAGAGAAUUUUGGCGGUUCUGAAAACUUUAGGUAGGCUGUAUUGGAAAAACCGUAGUUGACACGGGGAAUUCGUUGAAACAGCAAAUGAAAUAACAAUGAAUGAAACAGUGGAGCAGCUUAUGACAAGUAGAGAUGCCCAAGAGAGAUGCAGUCACUGGAUUGAAAAUGUUAAGAAGAUUUCGGUUUCGAAUGAUAACAGCAGUAAAAGUAAACUGGAGAGUGAAUCCGAAGAAUUUAUCGAUACGGAUUCCGAAUUUGAUUCAGUUUCCGAAUGCGGUAGGAAGAGAAGGAAAUUGGGCGUAAAGCUAAAAACUGAGAAAUUAGAUUUACUGGAUUCAUUUAUUAAACACGUUGCAAAUCAUAUUACCGAAUUAGACAUAAAAAUCACGGAUGAAACGGAGGUUUACGCUUGUUUAUGGUCUGGCUGUGUUUAUGAAAGUGCAAUCGAUGUCGAAAUUAUGCGUCACGUCAACUAUCAUUCUUUUCAUUCGAAAUUAAAAUGCAUUGGAAUGAACACGAGAGGAAGAACAAAGCUCCCUAAAUGUCGACGUGACACGGACUGGAAGAAUAUUUUGGAUUCGUUGCCGCCCCAUCAGUGUCAAUGGGAAGACUGCUGUGGAAAAAGUUUUAACAAUUAUCAAUUCUACCUUUACCAUGUGUUGACUCACGUUGAAAAUAAUCCUCGAGGUAACAAGGUUGCAGGUGGGGUACAAUGUCUUUGGAAAGGAUGCAAAGGCAAAUAUCCCAGCUUAUAUAAGCUCAGAGAGCAUAUGAGAGUUCAUACGAAAGAAAAAAUUAUCGCAUGUCCAGACUGUGGCUCUACUUUUGCAUCCAAUACGAAAUUUCACGAUCACUGCAAACGACAAAUUCCUUUAGAAGUACAAGGAUUCCAAUGCUCCCAUUGUAAUAAAUUUUAUCCAACCGAGUGUAUAUUGAGGGAACACAUGAGAAAUCAUAUAUUUCACUAUAAAUGUAGUAUGUGCGACAUGAGUUGUGAAUCUCCGUCUAGUUUAGCAAAGCACGUGCUGUACAGACAUACGACAACCCGGAACUUUCCUUGCACCAUGUGUACACAUGCCGCCAAAUCACAACAAGAUUUAGAUUCACACAUGACCUUACAUUCCAUUGGAUCCAAUUAUGUUUGUAAUGUCGAGGGCUGUUUAUAUUCUUGUAAAAAUGCCUACACUUUAGACAGACACGUAGAAAAAGUGCAUCAGUUAGAAAUUCGUUGGUACUGUUGCCACGAAUGCCCCAUAAAAUAUCGAAAAAGUUAUAGGCUAACAAGGCAUCUGAUAGAGGCACAUCAUCUCCAAUGGCUUAGCGGUCACAAGAGAUUUCAGUAUAUACUCGAAGACGAUGGCUGCUACAGGCUUCAGACAAUAAGAUACGAAAGUAUCGAUGAAAAUACAUCGGCUAAUAAAGAAUCCAACGUUCCUAAUAGAAAUACCAAGGACGAAGAUUCAUCUGUUAUUAACGAAGAGACUAAAAUUGUCGAUCAAAAUAAAGAAUCUGGAAAAUCAAUGCCUACGAUACCGAACAUCUUAAUAUCGAUCGACGAGAUCGACGAGCAUGGAAAUGUCAUAGAUACUAAAAUUAUCGAAACGCAAGAAACAAAUGAAUUGCCACCGUCUGCUGAGCCGCCCAUUAUAUUAACAUAAUAACCAAUACAAAGACGUAUUAUUUUAUUUAUUUCGACGAUUUUACACAAAAUACAUUAUUUUUAUACCUUUUAAUAUCUGUUGUUGUAUCCAGCAACGCAUUCACUUACAAUAAGUAAUUAUUGUAUUGUUGUAAUUAUGAUGUGUCGAUAAAUUGUAAAAUAAAAUACUAA